AUGCCUCCAAGACAGGACCCCACUAACGCUCAGUUGGCCCAGGCUAUGGCCCAGCUGGCGCAGGUCGUCGCCCAGCAGGUCGCCGUUACUAUUGCCCAGACUGCAGCCCAGGCUCAGCGAGAGGCAGAAGAGAAUAAUAGGAGAGCAGAGGAGGAAGCUCGGAGGGCUUCGCGAGCCGAGAGGGAAUUGGCUCAAGAUCAGAUUCGCAUGAGAACAGAUUUCAACCGGCACGCACCGCCCAAGUUCCAGGGCGAAGCUGAACCCGAAAAGGUUGAUCUAUGGGUUCAGGAGAUGGAGAAGAUCUUUGAGGCACUUCAUACCCCGGAUGCCGAGAAGGUCAACUUGGCCACUUUUAUGCUGAAGGGUGAUGUUGAGUAUUGGUGGCGUAGUGCCAGACAGCUGAUGACGGCCAACCAUGAGGCCAUCACUUGGGAGUCUUUCAGAAAGGCUUUCAUGGAUAAGUAUUUCCCGGAAACAGCAAGGGAAGAAAUGGAGAACAGGUUCCUCAGCUUGAGGCAAGGACCUACCUCUGUGGGAGAGUAUGUUGCACGUUUGGAAGCUCUAUCCAAACACUUUCGAUUCUACCAGAACCAGGUGGAUGAGGCUUACUUAUGCAACAGGUUCAUGCGAGGGUUGAGGAAUGAAAUUGAGAAGGCUGUGAGGCCUUUGGGAAUCAGGGUCUACCAACAGCUAGUGGAGAAGGCCCGUGAAGUCGAGGCUAUGGAAAACAGGCAGAGAGGCCGCCCAGGGAACGGAGGAUCAGUACGCCCGGGACAGAAUCAACCGGCGAGAUACAGUGGGCAGAGAUCAGUGGGGAAGUUUGACAAAGGAGAACAAGCUGCUGUUACUGAUGACCUUAUCCAGGGUACAUGUCUUAUUGCUGGAACAUCACUAAUGGUUUUAUUUGAUUCGGGUGCUACGUACUCAUUCAUUGCUGAGGAUUGUGUGAAGAAGUUAGGGCUACUGACUACUGAUCUACCCUUCGAUCUGGUGGUGACAACCCCUGCCGCUGAUCAACUAGUUACACGCACGGCAUGCUUGCAAUGUCCGUUGGUUUACGAGGAUCGGAAGUUCUUUGCGAACCUCGUUUGUCUAGGGCUCAAAGAGCUGGAUGUGAUCUUGGGAAUGGAUUGGUUAGCGCAAUAUCACGUGCUCUCAGAUUGUGCUAACAAGGCGGUAGUAUUCCCAGAUCUCGGCGCUAUGGAUUACUUAAACUCGUACAGCCUGGGGAAGGGUUCACCGGCGUAUGUGAACUCUAUCGUUGCCGAAGCAAAACAUGAUGGUGAUGUGUAUAAUAUCUUGGUGGUACAGGAGUAUGUCGAUGUGUUUCCCGAAGACGUACCCGGUUUGCCACCAGUCAGAGAGACGGAGUUCUCCCCGGUACUGGACCAAUAUCGAUGGCACCUUAUAGUAUGGCCCCAGCGGAGUUGGUAG